AUGUAUUUUAGUUGGUUUGUUGGUUAUCCAGAAUUAGCUACUGAGCCAGGUCCAUAUCAAGUUGAAACUCGAUGGGGUAUGAUGAAACCUACAAUGGAUCCAACUAAAGAAAAUACAUAUAUAUUUCUUGAUAAGUUUUUUAAAGAAAUGACAGGAUUAUUUCCUGAUCCAUAUUUUCAUAUUGGUGGUGAUGAAGUUGAAGGUUCUCAAUGGACACAAUCAGUAACAAUUCAACGAUUUAUUAAUGAACAUCAACUUGAAAAUAAAAAUGGUUUACAAGCUUACUUUAAUAAACGUAUACAAAAAAUGCUUAAAAAAUAUGGAAAAAUAAUGAUUGGAUGGGAAGAAGUUCUUGAUGAAAUUCAUGAAAAUUUAACAAUAGAUAAAGAUGCUAUUAUUCAAGCAUGGAAAAGUCGAAAAGCAUUUAUUCAAACAAUAAGCAAAGGUUAUAAAAGUUUACUUUCUACUGGUUAUUAUCUUGAUCAUCUUUCAUUAUCUUCAUAUCAUUAUAAAGCUGAUCCAAUUCUUAAUGAUGAAUUAUGGUUAUUUAAUCAAAAACAACUAAGUCAGAUUCUUGGUGGUGAAGCAUGUAUGUGGGCUGAAUAUGCUACACAAAAUACAGUUGAUUCUCGUAUUUGGCCUCGUCUUCUUGCUAUAGCUGAACGUUUUUGGUCUCCAUCUUCAAUAACAAAUGAAAAUUUUCUUUAUGAACGUAUGUUUCGAAUGAAUCAUUUACUUGAUAAAAUGCAAACAGGUAUAACACAUAUUUCAUCAUAUAAAACUCAAUUACAAAAUUUAAUUAUUGAUCCAAAUAAAAAAUUAGAUCUUUUACGUCCAUUAGUUAUAUUAGCUGAUGUUUGUGAACCAUAUGGUUUUGAACAACGUUCCCAAAGUGGUAAAUAUUCAUCGAAUGUUUCAUUAACAACAUUUACUGAUGCUUUACAGCCAGAAAGUGAACUUAUAUGGAAAUUAGAGAAACUUCCUAUUAAUGAUAUAAAAUAUCGUGAUAUAUUUCAAACAUGGUCUCUUAAUCAUUUACGUUUAAGAAAAUUAUUUGAUAAUAUGGAUAUAGAUAAAAAUAAACAAAUAUGGGGACAAGAUAUUGAACAAUUAUCACAAAAUCUUGCUCAGACUGGUCGAAUUGGCUUAAGGAUUUUAGAUUAUGGUACAAAAAGAAUAUUACAUCAUGAUAAAAAUAAUACAAUGAAUUCAUGGCCAUUAAUACAUUGGUUAGGACAUCAUAAUAAUUUAUUAAAUCAAUUUGAAAAUCAAGUAUAUGAAGUACGAUUAGCUGCUGUAAGACCAGUUCGACGUUUACUUAAUUCAAUUCAAACAUUUGUUUAG